AUGGCGGCGGGGCAGAAAGUGGUUCUGAUCACCGGCUGCUCGUCCGGAAUCGGCCUGAAGAUCGCCGUUCUCCUCGCCAAGGACGAGAAGCAGAGAUAUCACGUGAUAGCAACGAUGAGGGACCUGAAGAAGAAGGAUAAGCUGGUGGAGGCAGCUGGUGAUGCCUAUGGUAAAACUCUGUCCUUACUCCCACUGGACGUCUGCAGUGACGAAUCCGUCAAACAGUGUCUGAACAGUGUCAAAGACCGACACGUCGAUGUACUCAUUAAUAACGCAGGUAUCGGCCUGGUGGGGCCCUUAGAGAGCAUCAGCAUGGAGGAGAUGAAGAAGGUGUUUGAGACGAACUUCUUCGGCGUGAUUCGUAUGAUUAAGGAGGUCAUGCCCGACAUGAAGAGGCGGCGUUCAGGCCACAUCAUCGUCAUGAGCAGUGCGAUGGGACUACAAGGUGUGAUAUUUAAUGAUGUCUACGCUGCGUCUAAGUUUGCCAUGGAGGGUUUCUGUGAAAGUCUGGCUGUGCAGCUUCUCAAGUUCAAUAUCACUCUGUCCAUGAUUGAGCCCGGUCCAGUCCACACGGAGUUCGAGAUGAAGAUGAUCGAGGACGUUUCGCAGAAAGAGUACCCAGGUGCUGACCCAGACACCGUCCACUACUUUAAAAACGUCUACUUGCCCUCGUCUGUGGACGUCUUUCAGACACUGGGUCAGAGUCCUGAUGACAUCGCCAAGUGCACUAAGAAGGUGAUCGAGGCGAGUAGUCCCCGGUUCCGUAACCUGACCAAUCCCUUGUACACUCCGAUCGUGGCGCUGAAGAUGGCCGAUGAAACAGGAGGCCUGUCGGUCAGAGCCUUCUAUCACAUGCUCUUCAACCUGGGUGGACUGAUGCACAUCAGCAUGACUGCACUCAAGUACCUGACCUGUGGGUGCUUACGCAGCCGGACCAUCUCCCCAAACUAACUUUUCAACAAACACACAGACUCAUUAUCGCUGAGGUGGUGAGCCUUACUGCUUUGCCAUGGUUACAUGCCAUAUUUGGGGGAGGAGGGGAUAAUUGUAUUAGUAUAGUGCUGGUGAUUCCCCCAAAUUCAGUAAUUCAUUUUCAUUUUCAGAGAAUAAAAAUGCUAUGGAAGUUUUAUGUGCAUGUAAGUUUGUAUAGAUCUCAUCCUCAUUUUAAGAGAAAAUAUUAUUAUUAAAGUCCCCCUGCACUCAAAAAUGUUUUUUAAAUGGGUAACUAAAUGUUUUCCAUCGAAAUCUCAAGCCUUUUCAGUACGUCCUUAAAAAUGUUGUACUUUUGUAGCUCCUCUGUAUGUCAUGAAU